CUCGCCAUCAACGCGACGCCGCGGGCGGAGAAAAGUUCCGCCGAAAAAUUAAAUGUUCGUCGACCAGGUACUCGAUCUGCAGCGGCCGAACUUUUAAGCACAACACCGCGGCUUGAAGCUGGCAAGCUGUAAUAGCGCGUUCAACCACCCACCAUGGCGUUCUCAAAGUCCCCAUCCGUAGCCACAGGCUUCAAGCCGAGGAACAAGCUUCGCCGACAGGCCGCCUUCCUCUCCAUAAAAAAGUCCAGAGAAGCAGAUAAGCGUGAUAUGCGACAUCGCCGCAAGCGAGAGGAAACAAAAGAUGCCUCACUGCGCGAAGAACGCCUCAAGAACAACGUACCCCAGACCAUCGACAACAAGCGAGUGUGGGACGAGCCUGUAGGUGACGAUGAAGACGUUCUGGGCUGGGCGGUAGAUGUGGAGCGACUGGCGAAGAAGCGGAAGCUGGAUGCGGAGACAGCUGCACAGGACGAAGAUGAAGGCACACUAGCCAAGCUUAAGAAGAGAGAGCAGGAGCAGUCUGAAGGCUCAGACGACGACGAGGAAGACGAAGACGCCGACUCGAUGCUGGAAUCCGACGCUGAAGACAGCGAAUUCGACUCCGACGACUCGGAACUCUCCAAAGCGAAGAAGCGCGCCCCGUCCCCCGACCCCUCCGUCGCAACCACGUCCGCAACCAACAUGGAACUCUCGCCCGAAUUCCUCAAGCAGAAAUUCCCACAGCUCUUCGACCCGCAACCCGAACCCAAAAUCCUCGUCACAACCUCCAUAAACUCCACCCUGCACACCGAAGCCGACACCCUUACCUCCUUCUUCCCCAACAGCACCUACAUCCGGCGCACAGCACACGCCCACGCACACAAGUACUCGAUACGCGAGAUUGCUCAAUUCGCCGCCGCCCGCGAGUACACUGCUGUUGUGGUCCUGAUGCAGGCGCACCACGAGAAGAAGCCCGACGGCCUGGACAUCGUACACCUGCCAAACGGCCCGCAUUUCCACUUCAGCGUGACCAACUGGGUCGAGGGCAAGAAGCUGCCGCGCCAUGCGAACGACACAGGGCACUAUCCGGAGCUCAUCCUUAAUAACUUCAAGACCCCGCUGGGUAUCCUCACAGCGCAUUUGUUCAAGGGGUUGUUCCCUGAGGCUCCGGAGCUUGCAGGGAGACAGGUUUUGACGCUGCAUAAUCAGCGUGAUUAUAUCUUUGUAAGGAGGCAUCGCUAUGUCUUCCGUGACAAGCGCGAGUCGGAGAAGCCGAUCCUGGGGAACGACGGGAAACCGCUCAAGGGCGUCGAGGAUGUGAAGGUGGGUAUGCAGGAGAUUGGGCCGCGCAUGACACUCAAACUUCGCAGGGUGGACCGCGGGAUCCAAUUCAAGAGCGGGCAGGAAUGGCAAUGGAAGGGCCGCAUGGAGAAGCAAAGGACACGCUUCAACAUGUAG